AAGCCGGCCGACCAAUCAGGAGGGGCGUUGUUCAGCUGCGUCCAAUGGCAGCGGCUGUUGUUGUCGCGCGGAGGUGGGAGGGGCAGUUUUGUUGCGGCUGUUUGGGUUUGAUCUCAGGGAGCGCACAUCCACGUUGUGGAUUAAAUAAUCUCGGUAGCCGGAGACAGCGUUGAGGAGCUGCAGCUGAGGGAGGGGAUGGGAGGAAACGGCCCGAGUCACUUCUCUCAGGAGGAUGAAGGCGGUGGAGUCACUUUUGUGAAGGGCAUUCGGCUGUCAGACAAAGUCAUCAACCGGAUGAAACAGUCUCCAAAGGUUGCCUGUCCUCACUUUGCACCUGAUCCAGAAACCCCAGCGGUCACUUCGGUUCCUGCUCCUGCUGUGGAACACUUGUCACCUCUUCUGUCACCUGCUUCAUCCAUCCCUACUCCUCCUCCUCCUCCUCUGGAAACUCCACCCUCACCUCCAUCAGCGGAACCUGUUCCUCCUGUAAAACUAGUCCCUCCUCCUCCGGUGAAGUUUCACUCCCUUCCUCCGACCUCUGUGGAGCCUGAGGCGCCUCCUCCAACUCUAACCGACCCUGUUGUCUCAGCUCCACCUCCAUCCCCAUCUCCUCCACAGGUGGAAGUGCAUGUGGAGCCUGAAUUUCUUCCUUCACCUCCUGCUGCGGAGCCGAUCGUCCUACCACCGGUUGACUCCUUCGUCCCACAUCCUGUAGAACCAGAAACCCUGACUUCACCGCUGAUCACAGAACCGAUCAUCGAACCUGUCAUCAUCCCUCCACCUGUAGAGUCAUCUCCAGAACCUGUGGCUCCACCUGAACCUCCAUCUCCUCCCCGUGAACCUGAAACACCAGUGGUCCUCCUGGCUCCACCUGAACCUCCAUCUCCUCCCUGUGAACCUGAAACACCAGUGGUCCUUCUGGCUCCACCUGAACCUCCAUCUCUGGCUCCACCUGAACCUCCAUCUCCUCCCUGUGAACUUCUGAUACCAACACCUCCAGCUGCUACUGAGCCUGCUGCUGUAGCUCCAUCUGUUGGACCUCUUGAACCUGCUGUCCCUUCACCUCCACCAGUGGAAUCAGCACCACUUUCACCCACCAUUGAGUCCACACCAGUUACACCAGUAAUCCCACUCUGUCCUGUGGAUUCACCUCCGGUCGACGCUGCAGUUUUAACUCCGCUGGUGGAGACAGCUCCAGUGGAGCCUGUGGUUGUGUCUCCUGUGGUUGAAGAAGUGCCUCCAGUGGUGGCUCCAGCUGUUGAACCGACGCCUCCGUGUGACCUGCUUCCACCUCCAUCUCCUCCAGAGCCAGUUGAAGCGCCCCCUGCUGCUCCAGAGCUCUCGUUUGAGGAAACCCUCCCGCCCUGUCAGUGUGUGGAGCUGGCUGUUGUGCCCACUGCUGCACCUGUAGAUGUGCCCCUUCCAGAACCUGUAGCUCCACCUCCUCCUGAACCAGCUCCACCUGCUGAGGAGCCCACCGUGACCCCGUCUUUGCCCCCGGUUGUGGAGGAUGAAGUACCUGUUGUCACCACAGUGCUGCUGCCUGCAGCAGCCCUGCCCGUUUCUCCAGAGGUGCUGGAGGAAGAUUUGAGGCAGAAGAUCAAAGAGGAGAUGCAGAGGAGCCUGGAGGAGGAGAUCAACCAGAAGAGGCAGGAGCUGCAGCGACAGCUGGAGGAGAUCAGGGCUCAGGCUCGAGCCGAGGCGAAGGCAGCAGCUCUGGCUCAGGUGGAGGCGCAGGUGAAGAAGACCCUGGAGGCGGAGAAGACGGCGUUCAUGGAGAAGCUGACAGACUCCAUCACUAACGAGCGCAUGAAGACAGAGGAUGAGAAGCUCAUGGUGCAGCUUUACUGGAUGGAGCUGAAGGCUCAUCAGCUGGAGGAGAAAGAGAAAGAGCUGAAGAAACGAGACGCUCUCUACAAGGAACACAUCGCAAAACUUGAAGCAAAGUGCACUGAGUUUUACAAAGUGUCUGCUGAGAGCUUCCAGAAGGGCAAAGAAGAGACUCACAACCGUUUUGCGCGUUUCAACAUCCAGCCGAUGUGUGGAGACCUGCAGAGUCAGAUAUUAAAAUGCUACAAGGAGAACACGGGCCAGACUCUGUCCUGCUCCAGUAUCGCCUCGGCCUACAUGCAGUGCGUGGACAACGCCAAGAAAAAUAAACUAAGCACUGGCGGUUAAUGUGAACCACCUGGACGACAUCUGACAGGUUCACUGCUGCAGCAAAGAAAACACGAUGGACAGAAACUCACAAACAGAAGUCACCGGAGAGAGUAUCUGAAGAAGUGCCAUGGAACCGCAGCCAACAAAAACCAAACAGUUUAGCUUUAAGUAAAGAGACGCUGGAUAUCUGCAACUUCUCUGGUUCUUGGGAUCAUCUUUAAACCAACUGUGCCGACAAGACAGCAUCUGGGAUUUUUAAGUGCUUCUCUUUGUAAACGAGGCAAAAUAUAGCAAAGAAACAAUAGAUUUAAGUUUUUUUCACAGCAGUGUGAGAUCAAGUCAGGUAUUUGUACGAGAUAUAUGCUCAAUGAGAGCCUGUUUAAUCAUUGUGUGUGUGUGUGUGUGCCUUGGUGCUUUGAAAGCUCAUGUUAAGAGUGUAGAUGCAUGAAAGAAGCAUUAAGUGAGCAGAGUGCAAUGUAACGAAGACCAGUGUGAACAACUGAAAUACAUCAAUAAACUGGGACGUGUUAAAUAUAA